GCAUUCCAGCAUGGAAUCUGAGCUGCCUGCAGACAUGAACACCUGGACCAGGGACAAUGUGAGGGACUGGCUGUUGCGUGACCUGGUGCUUAGUGAGACCACCGCUGAGAUUCUCUAUCAAGCAGAGUACCGGGGGGACAUGCUGCCGCUGCUCGAUGAAGCCAGCCUCCGAGAACUGGGUGUCAGUCACGGGCCAGCGAGACUGAUAAUGAAGCGGAUCGAGAGCUUCGGCGCAGAGCCGCAAAAAGAUUCCGUGACGCUGAGGGACCGAGCCGAAAAGUGCCUGCCGUACCCAUUCAACUGCUUCCACGACGGCUGCAGGUACAUCCUGAACCGCCAACUGCUGGUGCCUGAAACGGGGCCCUUGAACCUGAUAGAGCCCUGCCACGAGUUCAAAGCUCUUCGGGGCGGGACGCACAGAGAGAGACUGAUAAAAUUCACGGAGGAGACGGUGCGCUUUGGGGCGGCGUGCCUGAACACCCGCUCCAAUGGGACCAUUCACUUUGGGGUGCUUGACAACCCCCAUGGAAAGAUUGUUGGAGUGACAGCAGGAAGCAAGGGUGAAUUAAAUCCGAAUAAGGCCUGUCUUAAGGAAAACCCGGAGGACAGCUACAUCAGAGCAUGGGAUGCUUUUGGGAAGUACUUUGAUCCUGAGCUCAGGCAUGCAGCGAUGAAAUGCAUCAAAGCCCCUCGGCUUGUUGAGGUUUUGAAUCCCAGCUGCAAUGAGGACAACACGUUCGUUAUCGAGGUCGACAUUGAGCCCAGAUACACCUGGUCCCAAGAGGAUCUUUUCUACACUCACGAAACUUACACAAACAAAAAGACCAGGAAAUAUAACGCUGACAAGCUCCACCUUUACAUUCGUCAAGGAUCCAGCACAUUCGAUCUGUUGGCAGAGAAGACAGACAGAAGCAUUCCGAGGCACAGCACUUACUGUGCCAAAACCAUUAAAGAAAUUGCAGAACUGAGAAAGAAAGCUGAGAAAGAACACAACAGACGUAUUCAGAACAGCGUUCAGGGCUUACAGCUGAAAGAGGCCAUCACUAAUGGGAGCAAUUCACUGGACAAAUCUAAUUUUGAAUGGUACAUUCUUGUGACCAACAGGUCUCACCCUGUACAACUGGAAUCAGUUCAGUUCCUGUCCAAGCUGGAACUGUUUGCCGUCCUUGACUUUGAUCCUGAGUCCAAAUCUGAGGGGCUUCACCACUUCUUCCAGGAACACAGAAAGACUAACUCACACUUCCCUGAGGACUACACAGCCUUCGAUGCUGCAGAUGAAGCAGUUCGUAAAUUGGAACUGUCCAAGGUUGUCAGUUGGGUUUUAUGCAAUGGCUCCACGGCAGAUCAUGUGGCGGCUCCUGUCCCUGUGGCUUGGCGCAAGGAGAAGGGUGCCGCGGUUCGUGGUACCAUCUCCUUCUUGUGCCGGAGGGACGUCAUGCCCAGAGGGAGGUUCCUAGUGGUGUUCUUGCUUCUGUCAAGAGUAGAUGACCAAAUGGACCCGCUUUUGGAGGCGUUCAGUGCGUUCUACCAGGAGCUGAGAGGGACAGAGUCGAUGCUGUUUAUCUGCAACAGCGAGUCCACAUUCACUUCCUGGAAGGACCUGAUUGACGCAAAGUUCAGCGAAGAGAUCAGAGAAAGAUUGUGA